GCGGAGCGCGGCGGUGCCGGCGGGGCCCGCGCCCUCCCGCACGAUGUCAGCGCAGGGCAAGUUCAAGAAGGACAAAGAGAUCAUCGCCGACUACGAGGCGCAGGUCAAAGAGAUCCGAACGCAGCUGGUGGAGCAGUUCAAAUGCCUGGAGCAGCAGUCGGAGUCGCGGCUGCAGCUGCUGCAGGACCUGCAGGAGUUCUUCCGCAGGAAGGCCGAGAUCGAGCUGGAGUACUCGCGCAGCCUGGAGAAGCUGGCCGAGCGCUUCUCCUCCAAGAUCCGCAGCUCCAGGGAGCACCAGUUCAAGAAAGAUCAGCACCUGCUGUCCCCUGUGAACUGCUGGUACCUGGUUCUGACGCAGACGCGUCGGGAGAGCCGAGACCACGCCACGCUGAACGACAUCUUCAUGAACAAUGUCAUCGUCCGGCUGUCCCAGAUCAGCGAGGAUGUCAUCAGGCUCUUCAAAAAGAGCAAGGAGAUUGGCCUCCAGAUGCACGAGGAGCUCCUGAAAGUUACCAAUGAGCUCUACACGGUGAUGAAGACCUACCACAUGUACCACGCAGAGAGCAUCAGCGCUGAGAGUAAGCUGAAGGAGGCAGAGAAGCAGGAGGAAAAGCAGUUCAACAAGUCGGGGGACAUCAGUGUGAACCUGCUGCGACACGAGGACCGGCCGCAGCGGCGCAGCUCUGUCAAGAAGAUUGAGAAGAUGAAGGAGAAGAGACAAGCCAAGUAUUCUGAGAACAAGCUGAAGUGUACAAAAGCCAGGAACGACUACCUGCUGAACCUGGCAGCCACCAACGCGGCCGUCAGCAAGUACUACAUCCACGACGUGUCUGACCUCAUCGAUUGCUGCGACCUGGGCUUCCACGCCAGCCUCGCUCGCACCUUCAGGACAUACCUGUCGGCAGAGUACAACCUGGAGACGUCGCGGCACGAGGGCCUGGACGUCAUCGAGAACGCCGUGGACAACCUGGACGCGCGGAGCGACAAGCACACCAUCAUGGACAUGUGCAACCAGGUCUUCUGCCCGCCGCUCAAGUUCGAGUUCCAGCCCCACAUGGGGGAUGAGGUGUGCCAGGUGAGCGCCCAGCAGCCUGUGCAGACCGAGCUGCUGAUGCGGUACCACCAGCUGCAGUCUCGGCUGGCCACCCUCAAGAUAGAGAAUGAAGAGGUACGGAAAACGCUGGAUGCCACGAUGCAGACCUUGCAGGACAUGCUGACAGUGGAAGAUUUUGAUGUUUCAGAUGCCUUCCAGCACAGCCGCUCCACUGAGUCGGUCAAAUCAGCUGCAUCAGAGACCUACAUGAGCAAAAUCAACAUUGCCAAGAGGAGAGCCAACCAGCAGGAGACUGAAAUGUUCUAUUUCACUAAAUUUAAGGAGUAUCUGAAUGGCAGUAACCUCAUCACGAAGCUCCAGGCUAAGCACGACCUGCUGAAGCAAACUCUGGGAGAAGGUGAAAGAGCUGAGUGUGGAACAACCAGGCCCCCCUGUCUUCCCCCUAAGCCACAGAAAAUGAGGAGACCUAGGCCUCUCUCAGUGUAUAAUCAUAAACUCUUUAACGGCAAUAUGGAAACAUUCAUUAAGGAUUCAGGACAGGCCAUUCCACUUGUUGUAGAAAGUUGCAUCCGCUACAUCAAUCUGUAUGGCCUCCAGCAACAGGGCAUCUUCAGAGUCCCUGGCUCCCAGGUGGAAGUCAACGACAUCAAGAACUCGUUUGAGAGAGGUGAAGACCCCCUCGCUGAUGACCAGAACGAACGAGACAUUAACUCAGUGGCUGGAGUCUUGAAGCUGUAUUUCCGAGGACUGGAAAACCCCCUCUUUCCUAAGGAAAGGUUUCAAGAUUUGAUAUCUACUAUAAAAAUUGAGAACCCUGCAGAGAGAGUGCACCAGAUCCAGCAGAUCAUUGUCACUCUGCCUCGGGCUGUCAUCGUGGUCAUGAGAUACCUCUUUGCUUUCCUUAACCACUUGUCACAGUACAGCGAUGAGAACAUGAUGGAUCCCUACAACCUGGCCAUCUGCUUCGGGCCCACGCUGAUGCACAUUCCUGACGGGCAGGAUCCGGUGUCCUGCCAGGCCCAUGUCAAUGAGGUCAUCAAAACCAUCAUCAUUCACCACGAGGGCAUCUUCCCCAGCCACCGAGAGCUGGAGGGGCCUGUCUACGAGAAGUGCAUGACUGGAGGGGAGGAGUACUGUGACAGCCCACACAGCGAGCCGGGCACCAUCGAUGAGGUGGACCACGACAACGGGACAGAGCCGCACACCAGUGACGAUGAGGUGGAGCAGAUUGAAGCCAUAGCCAAGUUUGACUACAUUGGGCGAUCUCCACGGGAGCUCUCCUUCAAGAAAGGGGCCUCGCUCCUGCUGUACCACCGGGCGUCGGAAGACUGGUGGGAAGGGAGACACAACGGGGUGGACGGGCUCAUUCCCCACCAGUACAUCGUGGUGCAAGACAUGGAUGAUGCCUUCUCUGACAGCCUGAGCCAGAAGGCAGACAGCGAGGCGAGCAGCGGGCCGCUGCUGGACGAUAAAGCCUCCUCCAAGAACGACAUCCAGUCACCCACAGAUCACAUCUUGGACUAUGGCUUUGGGGGAGUCAUGGGCAGGGUGAGAUUGAGGUCCGAUGGUGCCGCCAUCCCCCGGCGCCGCAGCGGGGGCGACACGCACAGCCCGCCCCGAGGGAUGGGGCCUGGCAUCGACACCCCUCCCCGAGCAGCAGCCUGCCCCAGCAGCCCCCACAAGAUCCCCCUCAACAGGGGCAGGAUCGAGAGCCCUGAGAAGCGCAGGAUGGCCACGUUCGGCAGCGCGGGCAGCAUCAACUUCCCAGACAGGAAGGCCCUGGCCGAGAGCCACCCGCUGAGAUCCACCUGCGGGUCCACCCGCCACAGCAGCCUUGGAGAUCAGAAAUCCCUGGAAGCAGAAGCUCUUGCUGAGGACAUUGAGAAGACCAUGAGCACGGCGCUGAACGAGCUGCGGGAGCUGGAGAGGCAGAACACGGCCAAGCAGGCGCCCGACGUGGUGCUGGACACGCUGGAGCCCAUGAAGAACCCGCCGCUGGGCGCCGCCAACUCGGAGCCGGCCAGCCCGCUGCACACCAUCCUGAUCCGGGACCCCGAGGCGGCCAUGCGGCGCAGCAGCAGCUCCACCUCCGAGAUGAUGACCACCUUCAAGCCGGCGCUGUCGGCCCGGCUGGCCGGGGCGCAGCUGCGGCCGCCGCCCAUGCGGCCGGUGCGGCCCGUGGUGCAGCACCGCUCCAGCAGCAGCAGCAGCUCGGGCGUGGGCAGCCCCGCCGUCACCCCCACCGAGAAGCUCUUCCCCAGCAGCUCGGCAGAUAAAUCGGGCACCAUGUAGGGCGGGGGCUGCGGCGCCCGGACGCCGGGAGCGGGGCGAGCGGAGCCUCGCUGGGUGGGCAGGGGUCAGAGCCCUGCUGGGGGGCCUCUGUGGAAGGAAACACGUGUGGGGCCUGGGCCUGGUGCUGUACAUACGUGUGUGUGUAUGUACAUAGGUGUGCACACACCCUAUCCAUGCAGAAACACUUCCCGAGCUUGCAGUCCUACAGCAGGAGGAGACGGCAGGUCUGAGUGUUGGCGCUGGAGAACACACUCGGUGUAGAAGUAUAUAUUAAAAACAAAGUGUACAGAAUUCAGUGACUUUUUAAAACAGUAGAUUUACCUCAGAAACUGGCUCUGAAAUGUCCUCUCUUGAGACAGUGGGUUGGUCUGGGUUUCCAAGGCUGUCUGUGUGCACCUGGAAGCCCACGCUGCAGCAGCUGUGCGUCAAGCAAUACAAGGCCAUCCUGGAGUUUAUUUUCUGUACCUCUUGGCAUUGAAGAAACAAAAAAAGGGAUGGGAAUGCAGUGGGGUCUGUUCACUGCUGGGCUGUGGAGAAGAGCUGGAAAUCCAUACAUGACCAUGUGUGACCAGCCAGCGGGAGUCUUUCCAGUCCUGAAUCCUGAGAUAUCUUCAUAUGCCCGUGAUGCCCUGGCAGCAGGGACAAGCAGGGUGUGUGCCAUGGAUGGGAAUGGAGUGCAGUGAGUGUCAUGAGUGGGACAGAGUGAGGUGUGUGCCAUCACCCUCAUGCAGGAGGAGGACGCUGUGCUGCACUGGGACUGUGGAAUGCUGCUUCUCUGCAAGUUCUCAGAGUGAGCAAGGACUAGUGACCAAACCUGUGGUAAAGCAUGGAGUAACUUACAGAGUUUGGAGAUUCUUCAUCUCCCUUUCCCCAUGUGCUUUUUUCUUUUUUUUUUUUUGUAUAACAAAACCCAACUCAGUGGUCUCUUGAGAGUCAGGCCUGAGCAGCAAGGAGGGGUCUCAGGUCAGAGUGGUUGUCCUGCAUGAGAAGCAUGAGCCGUGUUUCACCACAUCAGAUACAAAACUGGUCUGAUGGGUGAUACUUUGCACUUUCUGUACUGUACCAUAUAAUACAACAGUUUGAGUUUAUGCAAAAGAAUCUACAUUUUGUUUUACCCAGAGAAAAAAUAUGCAGAAGGCUGGGGAGUGCAUGGUCCUGUGUGAUAAUCCAGACUCCUCUGUAAGCACUGAAUCAGAGAUGCUCCGUGCUUCUCCUGCAGCUUUUCCUUGUACAGAUUUCCAUGCAAUGCCCCAUGGUUUGAUUUGGCACUUCCCCAUGGUCACAUGCUUAUGUCUCCUAACAUCCAUCCUUCCUCCCUGCUAUCUCUGAUCCUGCUGCUCUGUGCUGGGCAAGGGGCCUGCCAGCCCUCCUGACUCACCCAGCAGCCACUUACCCUGCCUGGGGCUUUGCUUUGUCCCCCCUUCAUCUUCCUCAUCUCUCCAGCACUGCUGCGGACCCCAGCUCUGCAGGAGAAGCAGCCUGGCUUCCAGAAGGCAGUGGAGGCUCUGACCAGGGUGGCAGAACCCGUCAGUCCUGCCGUGGCUCGUGUCUCCUCGGCUGGGGAGCUCCCUCGUGUGCAAGACUGCCCGUACAUCCACACCUGUACCUCUGUACCUGUGCUGUCGCAGCUGCACCCCAUCUCUUCCCCUCCACAGCUGUGCACCGGGCACAGGCCCUGGGACCGGCCGGUGCCUGUCCCCUGCCCCUCGCACGUGUCCCCUCACGCCCCGCUCUGCCAGCCCUGUAAAUAUUGCUGUACUUGCUUAACUGCUCGAAGGUAACUGUUAACCUGUAAACUGUACAAAAAUAGGCUAAAGUUAGAUAAAGCCGAUGCCACUCAACAAAUCUUUGCACUUAGUAGGUAGCUCAAUGUAAAAAUAAACCCAGUAAUAAUACUAGUAAUCCCGAAGGGAAGCGAAGCCGCCGGCACCCCUGGCAGAGCCCGUGGGGAGCAGCUCUGCCCACGUCCCUCCCUGUCACGCUGGCAGGGCAGACGGUGUGUGUGCGUGUCUGUGAACGUCCUUGGCGUUUGGUUCACGUUGGUGUUUAUUUCUCCAUCAUGCCCCUUUCCUGGCGCAGCCCUGACACUGUCCGGCCUGGCACAGCGGCUGCAGAUGUUCAGCCAGGCUGGGCUGGUCAGGGACCUGUGCUGGGGAGGGAGGGACCCAUUUGGCACGAGUGCUGUGUAUCCAUUGCCAGUAAUUAUUACUUUUGUUUCCAUUUAGUUCCUGGAGAACAUUCACUUUGCCAGUUUUCUGUUUUUUGUAUGCUUUCUGAGAUGACUUGAGAGCAAACCCAUCUUCAUUAGGGGUUUUAUUUCCUCCCUUACUUUUGACCAUACGGUACAAAUUCCAGUGUCUUUCUAUUAAAUUAUUGCCUUUCAUUUUCCUUUGUUUUGUUUUGUUGUGGGUUUUUAAUACAAUUGUUUUCUUAUCUUUAAGUGCCUUUUUGAGCACCAAAACAAACGGUUGGAGUUCAGGCCUGGGGGCUGUGCACACAUGGGUUCGUCUGGGCAGUUGUGUUGUGCUGGGGGUGAUUGCUUUUAAAGUCCUUCCAUUUUUCUGUUUGAUGAAAAGGGAACCAAGACUUUUUGUUGGAGAAUAAACUCCCCCUUUGUAAUAAGGUAUUCCAAGUGUAGUUUUAACUACUGUAAAUUUAAGGGAAGAAAUGUAUUUUUCUGUAAGCAAACUUGGCACAAAAUUGAACCACAUACGUUGUAGGAGCAUCAUAACUGGAACUCGCUCAUGGUUUGUGAGUGACUGACUCCGAUCCUCGGUACCUCCCUGAGGGCACAGACUGUGUGUGGGCUUCAGAGUUCACAGAGCUUCACUGUGACAGCCCACGGCCGAGCUGCCGCCGGAGCCAGGGUGGCUGAGCUGUGCGAGGGCGGCUGCUCAGGGCAGCUGUGUCUGCUGUGCAGAGCGAGCUCUGGGCCCGGCUCCCGCGGCCCUGCCCCGUCCGGCCCAGCCCUGCUGGCCAUGGCCCUGACAUGAGGCUGAGGGGAGUGUGGGGACACUGCGGCCCUGCCCCAUCCAUCCCGGUCAUGGCCCUGCUGUGAGGGGAGUGUGGGGGCACUGCGGCCCUGCCAUCCAGCCCAGUCAUGGCCAUGGCCCUGCUGUGAGGGGAGUGUGGGGGCACUGCGGCCCUGCCAUCCAUCCCGGUCAUGGCCCUGCUGUGAGGGGAGUGUGGGGGCACUGCGGCCCUGCUAUCCAUCCCAGCCAUGGCCAUGGCCCUGACAUGAGGCUGAGGGGAGCGUGGUGGCACUGUGGCCCUGCCCCAUCCAUCCUAGCCAUGGCUGUGGCCAUGUCGUGGGGCUGUGAGGGGAGCAUGGUGGCACUGUGGCCCUGCCAUCCAUCCCAGUCAUGGCCCUGACAUGAGGCUGAGGGGAGUGUGGUGACGCUGUGGCCCUGCCUCAUCCAUCCCAGCCAUGUCUCCGCCAUGAGGGGAGCGCAGUGGCCCCAUGGCGCUGCCAUGAGGGGAGUGCAGCAGCACCCCACCCUGCCCUGGACAGACCCUCACGCCUGAGCGCGGGCCCGGGGUGGCCAUGACUGCACUUUGUUCCUUAGGCUGAAGUCCCUGGUAGGUGGUUUUUGUGUCCCAGGUGUGUUAUUUAACUAGCAGUGUUGUGGUUCUCGCGGGGCGGCAGUAGAUGUCCCGAGUCUGAUUUGCUUUGCGUGGCUGGGCUGCGAGGUCUGUGGGACGGGGCUGGUUGUGCCGGGAGGCCGUGGGAAACGCUGGCUGCUGCCCGCCGUACCGGCCAUCCUCCUCCUCCUCUUCCUCCUCUGGUGUUGUCUCUGUAACGUAUGGUGAGAUGCCGUCAGCUAGAGUGUCUGAGUGGGUCCUCGUGUGUGCUGGUGAUGCCAUGUAGAUGAAGCCACUGGUUGGGUGUGGACUCAUCCUGUUGAAUAAACUGCUUAACUUUUCUCAAAAA